AUGCUUGCCAUGCAGUGUACUCGAUUAGGCAAACCAUGUACAUAUUCCAGCCCGCCAAAACCCUCCUCCAAUCGUGCGGAAAAGGACUCACCUGAAUCCCUUUCACAGAGAGUUGAAUUACUGGAACAAUUGCUCAAGAACCAAACACAGACACAAUCAAGCAGUAGCAAUGGCAAUGGCAAUGUUGGGGUGAAUUUCAAACCACAGGCAGGGUUCUUGAUACCCGUUGCGGGAUUACCGUCAAAUGCUUCUCGCUCGCAUACUUUGUUUCCAACGACCUUUUUUCUGGAUUCAAAAGCGCAUCGUCCUAUAAGUGCGGAUCAGCUGCUUCCUGAUUUGCCGGUUCCGGUGGGGAUUAUGGAUGUGCUGAUCUCUAGUUCGCCUUUGCAAUCUUUGUGUAGCACUUAUUGGUCGCGCACCCAUACCUGGCUACCAAUUCUCAGCCGAAAGAGGGUAUCAGAGAAAGUAGAUAAGUUCAACGCAGCUACAGACGCGGGACUAGCGAUUUUGCUCCUCUGCAUGAAGCUUGUCUCUCAGCUUCCAUCUGAGCUCGAACACCCUGCACUUUCAGCGCUGUAUUGUUUGGCGAAGGGGUCUCUUUCCCGGCUGGAACAUGCUGGCCUGAUAUCGCUCCAGCUGCUUCAAUCUGCUAUUCUGAUAGCUGUCUAUGAGAUUGGGCACGCGAUAUAUCCUGCUUCGUAUUUGAGCAUUAGUCAUGCUGCCAGGCUGGGGAUCAUGAUGGGUUUCCAUUGCAAGUACGCAGCACAGCUUUUCAUGGACCCUGAGACUUGGACUUAUCGUGAAGAGGAGAGGAGGGCUUGGUGGGCUAUUGUUAUCCUUGACCGAUACGCAAACCUAGGCGUCCACGGCCUCCCGCUUAACGUUUCGGAACCUCUCAAAGGCACCCUUCUCCCGUGCACGGAAUCCAUCUGGAACAGUGGUGAAAUCGGCACAAAUCAACCACUCUUCGCAUCCUCCUUCACCUGCACAAUUGAAGUGGGGUCCUUUGCAAGUGCUUGCCAAGCAUCACACGUCCUAGGUCUUGUGCUGCGGCACCGCGAUGAUCCUAACAAAGCGACCACAGACCCUCACUUUAGACUUUCCGAAGCACGUCAGUUACAUCAAACCCUCUUAGCGCUGUCUACAUAUGUCGAUCAUGAGGCACAGGAUGGCAGCAUGGUGGUCGCAAUAGCGCUUUGCUAUUCUGCGCGUCUUGUGCUUUAUGAUAUGUAUGCAUGCAAUAAUCAAUUUUCUGCACUGGGGAUCAGAAUGUCGGAGGAAGAAGAUAUGCAAAAGGCUUCGAUUGAUGGGUAUAGAAAUGUUACGAGGGAAGUAUUCAACUUUCUAGAUGAUGAUGGGGGCCUUGUGGAGAAUCCGUUUCUGUGUCACUGUUUGUAUCAGGCUUCGGCUGUGUUUGCGUGGUUUAUUAGGGAGAAGGGUAAUGUUGAAGAGGUGGCGGGCUUGAGGGCUGUUGUGGGGAGGUUGAGAGGCAUUGAAAGGACUUGGAGGGUUGCUGGGGAGUAUAUUCGGCAUCUGGAGGCUGAUGGGUCGCUGAAAUCACUAGAAGAAUAA